CUAAACCACUCCGUAGUAACUUCUGUCCCCUCCUCCCUUAUCCUCUCCUGGAGACCAUUUCAUGGCCUUCGCCGCCCCCUCCAACCUCCACAACCCCUCCUCCUCCUCUCGUCACAGACUCCCCUCUUCCUCACAACGGACUCCCACUCGCUCCACCACCAUCAAAUGUGAACAACUCCCCUUCCAAAGCCCUAAACCAAGGGAUGAUUCCUCCUCCAUCAAAUCUAUCGCCAAUCCCCUUGCCAUUGCCUCCAUAUCAGCGGCCACCGCUACUCUCCUCUUUCCUUUCUCCUCCAUUUCAAAUCUCUUUGGUGGCGGUGGUGACAAUUUUGGUGGAAAUGGAUUCGGCGGGGGUGGUGGUGGUGGUGGUGGUGGAAAUGGAGGAGAUGGGGGUUCCAACUUCUGGGAGAAAUUAUUUUCCCCCGCUCCAGCAAUUGCGGAUGAAGACACCCAGUCCCAAGAAUGGGACUCUCACGGCCUGCCCGCCAACAUUGCUGUCCAACUCAAUAAACUCAGCAGCUUGAAGAGGUAUAAGCUAUCGGACAUUUUGUUCUACGACAAGGAUAAACGGACCACCGUUGGUACUGAAGAUUCGUUCUUCGAGAUGGUUUCUCUGAGGCCCGGCGGGAUCUACACCAAGAACCAGUUGUUGAAAGAACUGGAAACCCUCGCCACUUGCGGAAUGUUCGAGAAGGUGGAUAUGGAAGGAAAGACAAAACCUGAUGGAACGCUUGGAUUGACGAUAUCCUUCACCGAGAGCACUUGGGAAACUGCAGAUAAGUUCAGAUGUAUUAAUGUGGGGUUGAUGCAGCAAUCUAAGCCUUUGGAGAUGGACCCCGACAUGACUGAAAAGGAGAAGCUGGAGUACUAUAUGAAUCAGGAGAAAGAUUAUAAGAGGAGGAUUCAGAGGGCCAGGCCGUGUCUGUUGACCAGGCAGGUGAGGGAUGAAGUUUUGCGGAUGCUGAAGGAUAAUGAGCAGGUGAGCGCCAGGCUGCUGCAGAGAAUCAGGGAUAGGGUGCAGAAAUGGUAUCACGAUGAGGGGUAUGCCUGUGCCCAGGUUGUGAAUUUUGGGAACUUGAAUACUGAUGAGGUGGUUUGUGAGGUUGUGGAAGGGGAUAUUACACAGGUUGUGAUUCAGUUUCAGGAUAAGCUUGGAAAUGUUGUUGAAGGGAAUACUCACCCUGCUGUUGUGAAGAGGGAGUUGCCUAAACAGCUUAAGAAAGGUCAAGUUUUCAACAUAGAAGCCGGGAAACAAGCUCUGCGGAACAUAAAUGCACUGGCUUUGUUUUCAAAUAUUGAAGUGAACCCUCGACCUGAUGAAAAGAAUGAGGGAGGAAUCAUUGUUGAGAUAAAGCUUAAAGAACUUGACCAAAAGUCUGCUGAGGUCAGUACAGAAUGGAGUAUUGUUCCUGGACGUGGAGGACGCCCCACACUGGCUUCCCUUCAGCCUGGUGGAACUGUCUCCUUUGAGCAUCGAAAUCUCCAAGGGCUUAAUAGAUCCAUUCUUGGUUCAGUGACCACCAGCAACUUCUUUAAUCCUCAGGAUGAUCUUGCUUUUAAGCUUGAAUAUGUUCAUCCAUACGUGGAUGGUGUUAGUAAUCCACGAAACCGCACCUUCCGCACAAGCUGUUUCAACAGUAGGAAAUUAAGUCCAGUUUUCACUGGUGGGCCGGGAGUUGAUGAAGUCCCCCCAAUAUGGGUUGAUAGAGCUGGUGUCAAGGCAAAUAUUACAGAGAAUUUCACCCGCCAAAGUAAAUUUACUUAUGGUCUUGUGAUGGAAGAGAUAACAACCCGUGAUGAAAGUAGUCACAUCUCUGCUCAUGGUCAAAGAGUCUUGCCCAGUGGUGGCAUCAGUGCAGAUGGACCUCCAACAACACUAAGUGGUACUGGUGUUGACCGAAUGGCAUUUUUACAGGCAAAUAUCACGCGUGAUAACACCAAGUUCGUCAAUGGGGCUGUAGUUGGUGGGCGAAAUGUAUUCCAGGUGGACCAAGGCCUUGGCAUUGGCAGUAAGUUUCCAUUCUUUAACCGCCACCAGCUUACUAUUACGCAAUUCAUCCCGUUGAAGCUAGUUGAAGAGGGUGCUGGUAAACCACCACCACCUGUUCUAGUCCUUCAUGGCCAUUACGGAGGUUGUGUUGGUGAUCUUCCAAGUUAUGAUGCUUUUACUCUUGGGGGCCCAUAUUCUGUGAGAGGUUAUAACAUGGGUGAGUUAGGUGCUGCAAGAAAUAUUCUUGAGCUUGGAGCUGAGAUCAGGAUACCAGUGAGAAACACCCACGUAUAUGCAUUUGCAGAGCAUGGCAAUGAUCUAGGUAGUUCAAAAGAUGUAAAGGGGAACCCAACAGAAGUCUACAGGCGAAUGGGUCAUGGUUCAUCAUAUGGCGUUGGCAUCAAGCUAGGUUUAGUGCGAGCUGAAUAUGCUGUUGAUCACAACAAUGGAACUGGUGCACUAUUCUUCCGUUUUGGGGAAAGAUAUUAGGAUUAUAGUUAUUGCUUGGUACAGGCUGGCCAUUGGGUCUCUUUAACUGUUGAGCUUUUUCUAGAUGCGGAGAACUAGAUUAUGGUAUUUUACCAAAUGGCUUUCUUGCUUCUAAUAAUAUUUUCAUCUAUUUGUGAUUUGUAUUUGUGCAAGUUUCUGUAAGAACUGGGAUUGCAAAAAUUGUCAAUGCGGGGUAAUCAUGUUUGUUGUUUUAGACCCUUUUGUGUUUUUGAGCCUGAUCCUGGUAGUGGUAAUGCAAGAGACAAACUUCUUGUAUGGGGUUUAUAUGUUGAUGCAGGAUGCUGGGGAAAGUGUUGCGAGGUUGAAGAAGGCCAUGAAGAAAAUGAAGAAGAAGAAUUAUCCGGGAUGCCGUUGGAUAGAGGCUGCCUGAUACAUGAGUAUGCCUGGUUUGAGUUCCCGUCCUUCACCUGUGUCUUCUUUUGUUUUUCUCCAAUGUAUUAAAUUACUACUAGAAGAGAUAAUGAUUAAAAUUCUUCUCAAGAC